UUAGUAAUUUUUGUUUCUUUUUUUUUUAAUCAAUAUCUAUAAUUUUCUCGCAUAUAUAUAGUAGUGAUUAUUUUCAAUGAAAAUUAUAUCUAUUAAAAAAUUGUUACUGCAUCGUUUGUGAGAUUAACGACUAACAGAUUCGUAAUGUACUGUGAUUUAUACUAUAUGUUAUAAAAAUAAAUUAUUUACGCAUCAACCAGUCGUGUAUUUGAGCGAAUCGAAGUUUAAUAAUUCUGUUGAAGAUAUAGCCGAGUUUAAAAUAUUUUUUUAUUCUGAUGAAUGUUUAUCAAUUUGUGGCAUGAAAAACCAACUACUUUAAUAUAUAAAAUGUUAAUUAUCUCGUAAACAACGCAUAAUAGCAUUUUUUUAUCAGAUAUAAUGACCAUAACUAUAGAUAUAAAUGACCACAACUUUUGCAAAUGAGCAAAAAAUAAAUUAUAGGUAUCCAUUUACAAAGAAUUGUGUUGAUCUUUAUAAAUUGAAAAAAAAAAUAAUUUACAUAAUAGCUAGCUCAGAGCUAUGCAAAUUACUUUUAUUAAAAUUUUUUGUAACUUCGAUCAAUCGCGAGAUAAUUGCAUCUAUGAAUAUACAUUUUGUAUGUUAAAAUAAUUAUUAAUACAUUAUUAUAAUUUAAACCAGCUUUUCCCAAAACUGUUCUUAAAUAAAAACACAAAUUAUAAAAAUUAAUAUUAUUUUAUUAUUUUCAUAUAUUUUGUUCCACAUUAUUAAAACUUGAGAAUAAAAGUUUAUUUUAUUUUUUUUAACUUCUAUAAUUAUUUGUAUAAUUUAUUUAUUCAACCUACCCUAUAAAAUAAUCAAGGUAUUUCGUAAAAAAUUCAAGAUUUGUGAAGUAGUAGUUUGAAAAACGCCAGUUUAGACGAUGAUAAUAAUAAUUUAAUAUCGAGGGAAAAAAAAUAAUACCGUAACAGAUUUUAAUUGUAUUGUAUAAAUAGGCAAUUUGUUUUGAAAAAAGAAAAUAUGUCAAACGAGAAACCGAAAGGCAUUAACCCGAGAAUGCAUGAAAACGAGCAAACGAAACUCAGCGUCGGCGCCGACGUCGAAGGUAACGGAGGGGUAGACACCGUUCAUGUUACAACGACUCUUAUGAAAAGCGUUUCCUUAUUUCUCACGAGUGCUUGGAAGGCCUCGGUAAACAUAAAAAGACCGUCCUCAGUGAAGCCAACGAAACAAGAGCCACGACCUCCGCGUAAAAAAGAAAUGCCGGAAAGCGGAAACGCCAGAAAUUCCGCUUACAUUGUCAAGGUUAUCGAGUCUCUCAAGAAGAAGACUAAAUUUAACAGAACAGAAUUAGAUGGACUCUGCAAACUAUAUAAAAAAUUAAUGACGCAAACUGGUCACCAACAAGUGAAUCCAUCGAUGGACAUUUACAGAAAGCCAAGACCAAUGCACAGUGUCGAGGGAAUCGAUAGAUCUAUUUUUCGCGAUCUUCUUCACAAUACUUUCAAAGUUAUAACCGAAGAUACGUUGGUAGAACGAUUGUUUUGUUGUUGGGAUCGCGAAAAUGAAGGUACUAUUAAAUUAGAAUCGUGGAUCAUGGGUCUCGAUGUUUUCCUCCGUGGCAAUCUACAGGAUAAAACUGAUUUCUGCUUUCGUGUUUACGAUUUAAAUAAUGAUGGUUUUAUUACGAAAGAUGAGAUCUUUCAAUUGUUUAAAAACUGUUUAAUAAAGCAACCAGGAGAAGAAGAUCCGGAUGAGGGAAUACGAGAUUUAUCAGAAUUGACUUUGAAAAAACUCGAUGUCAAUCGCGAUGGAAAAAUAUCAUUUCAAGAUUAUGAAAUGGCAAUUAGAAAAGAACCAUUGCUACUCGAAGCUUUCGGACAGUGUUUACCUACGGAAGAAAAUUGUACAGCCUUUAUCAAAUCGUUACAAUAUUGA